AUUCAAUUUUUGGUUCUGCUGGCUAGCACUUCGCUCAUCUUUUACAGCGACGGUAUUCGCAUAACUUUUAUGUUCGCCAACGAUAUCGAGAUGAGAGGAACGCCGAGUCCAUAUACGAAGGUCGUGGCGCACAUCUGGUGUCCUGUUGGUACACUCAAUUCGUCACAAAGCGUCAUUUGGGUCGAUGUCGAGCGGUGUGUGGCUGACUCGAAUGAGGUCUGGGUAUCAAUCCAGCAAUUGAGAACAGACCUUGCGGAGGAAUUCCCAACUCUGUGGCCGUUCUACUUCAGAGGUGGUAUGCCAUGGAAGAUUCGGCUUCAAAACACACUGGAUGAUGCUAUCAAAUAUCUCACGAACGAGAAUGGAUCAUUCAAUAUCCCGAUCGAUAUCUUCUUGCUAAACAAUCGAGCUGCUAACUCGAUUCCUCCUGAGUACCAGAACCUAUCGCGAUUCGCCGAAAGCACAAGCGUCAAGAUUCCACGACAGAUAGCUGAGCAGGAUGAGGAGCCGCCAGCAAAGAAGAAGAAACUCAUCGAAUUUGUCACGGAGCCUACGCCUGGCGAUAUCAUGUUCUGUGAAAGCCCACCCUCCUCCGACACGGCUCAAUCCAGUCCGAAUAACGCGCAGACGAAGAGCGCCAGGGCAUAGACCGCGACAAAUAGCGCUCGAAGGACCAAAUGUUUGAAUACAGUGUCGGACAGCCCGAGCUGGGCAUGAAUUUUGGGAUGGGGAUCGGUCAGGUCGGACGGGGCAGCUUAAUAAAACGAGCUGAUGUUCAACUCUAGCUCAUCUGCUUGAUAUGAUUCUAAUCAUACCACCGUGAUCCUGCGCCUUCUCUAAAGACAGA